AUGGCCAUAGUCUCUGAUUACAAACAAGUGAUUACUAUAUUGAAUUGGUUUGAAUAUAAAACUAACAGAAUCUGCUUUAACACCAACAUCUAUCAAUUUAAGGAUACUAUUUCAGAAAACCUAAAAGGAUUCAAAGAAGAUAUUGAACUUGCAUACCUAACAAGCAACACUUCAACCUGGGACUUUAUAAAUAAUGUUAUCAAAAACUCUCUUGAUAAUAACAUUCCAAAAAAAA